AUGAGCGAGGAGGCGCCGGCGCUGGAUCUGGCGAAGAUCCGCGCCAAGUUGCAUCAUUCUAUCCGUGUGGCUAGGAAUGCUGCCAAGCGUGCCACGCAGUUCCAGCUCCAAAAACAUGUGCGCCGCCUCAAGGAGGCCGAUUCACACGACGUCCACGCGCUUAAGCAAGAGCUCGCCUAUCUCAAGCAAAUACAGCCGCAGGUGCUGGGUAUGCGUGCGCUGUCGACGAAGCUAAUUAAGUGCAAGCUUCUGCCAAAGCCAGCAGCGCAGGCUCAGCAUGCCGAUGAGUUCCCGCUCCUCGCCCUCGCGCAGGAGCACGGCCUAGAUCCCGCGUCGGUAGACGCGCUGCCCAAGCCCCAGACAGGCUUGGAAGAGCGUGUAUUCCACCAAGUGCUCAGCUCCAAAGUGCUCGCUGAAGAGAUUCAGACCUGCAUGCAGGCGCUCAUGGCCCUCGUGCACCCGGCGCCCGCGCCAGAUACCAAGAGCUCAGCGGCCGAGGCGCCUGUGCAAGUGAAAGAUACCAAGCCGAAAAAGAAGGCGCGCGAGCAGCCUCCUGAGCCUGAAGGUGAGUAUGAGAGCGAUGAUGGUAUGGGCAAUGAGGGCGUGCGGGCCUACGACGCAGACGACCUGGACGCCAUGGUAGCGUCCGCGAGUGAGUCGGAAAUGGAUAACAGCGACGACGAAGCACUCAGCGAUUCGGAGGACAUGCCAGCGCGCAAGCGGAGCCGCACGUCGCCAGGCACAUCGACGUUUCUGCCAAGCCUAAAUUCGGGCUUUAUCCCCGCUACAGAAGGCGACGACUGGAGCGACGCCGAGGCUGACUACGCGGAUACGGGCACCGUCAAAGGCCCGGCCAAGUCGACCCGGAAGAAUCGCCGUGGCCAGCGCGAGCGACGAGCGUACGUGUUUCCUACUGACGACAGGAUCUGGGAAAAGAAGUACGGACGGCAUGCGAACCACCUCAAGCUACGUGAGAAGGAGCCGCGCGCGCCCAAGGCGCGCCAGAGCAAGGAGGCGGCACCUCGUGCACCAGCCGGACGCCCUGCGCCAACACCCCGCGCACCAGCCGAACGCCCCGCGCCAACACCUCGUGCACCAGCCGAACGUCCUGCGCCUACACCUCGCGCACCAGCUCAACACGCGGCCCCGGCACCCGUGCACCCGAGCUGGGCCGCCAAGCAGAAAGCCAAGGAAGCUUUGACACAAGCCAAGCCCCAGGGCACGAAAAUUGUAUUUGACUAG